AUGCUUCGAAACAUUGCUCUUGCUGCACUUUCUGUGCUUCCUCUCACUCUCGGCCAGGUCGCCGAGGAUUUUGAGAGCGGUUGGGACCAGGUUGCUUGGCCUACCUACGCUCCUGACUGUGAUCAGGGUGGAAAGGUUGUUCUUGACAAGACUACCGCUCACAGCGGAAAGAACUCUAUCAAGGUCACUGGUGGAUCCAACGGUUUCUGCGGUCACAAGUUCUUUGGUACCGACGCUAUUCCCAGCGGCGAUGUCUACGUCCGUGCUUGGAUGAAGUCUGAGAAGGCUCUUGAUGACUCUCACGUCACCUUCAUCACCAUGCCCGACGCCGCUCAAGGAAAGGGCAAGCACCUCCGCAUCGGCGGCCAGAGCAAGAUCCUCAUGUACAACCACGAGUCCGACGACGCCACCCUCCCCGACCUGUCCCCCGACGGCAUCGCCGCCUCCAAGAACAUCCCCGCCAACACCUGGCAGUGCCUCGAGUACCAUCUGUCCCCCGAUGGUACCAUCGCCACCUGGCUCAACAGCGUCCCUGUCAAGGGCCUUGUCUACAAGCCCAACGACCCUGCGCCUUACACCAACGGCUGGAAGAACAGCAAGCCCAAGCCCAAGAUCCAGGGUGUUUACUUUGGUUGGGAGUCGUACAGUGGUGCUGCUAACACUUUCUGGUACGAUGACAUUGCUGUCAGCUCUAAGCGCAUUGGAUGCUAG